CGCUGGGGCUCGGGCGCGGCGCUUGCCCGGCUGUCCUGGCUCCCAUCCGCGCCGCAGCCCCCGCCCGCUGUCUCUCCCGCACCCCUGCGAGCUCCUCCACACCGCACGUGGGCGCGCCCGCCGAGAAGGGCCGCCGCCGCGGAUACUUUCUCAGCUGUCUGUGAGAAUGUAAGAUGGAUCCAGAGGAGCAGGAGCUGUUAAAUGAUUAUAGAUACAGAAAUUAUUCUUCAGUGAUUGAAAAGGCUUUAAGAAAUUUUGAAUCUUCAAGUGAAUGGGCGGAUCUCAUAUCUUCACUUGGCAAGCUCAACAAGGCUCUGCAGAGUAACCUGAGAUAUUCCCUGUUGCCCAGACGGCUUAUCAUCAGCAAGAGACUAGCUCAGUGUUUGCAUCCUGCUCUGCCCAGUGGCGUGCACUUAAAAGCACUAGAAACCUACGAGAUUAUCUUUAAGAUUGUGGGGACAAAAUGGCUGGCCAAGGACCUGUUCCUCUACAGCUGCGGGUUGUUCCCUCUCCUGGCACACGCGGCAAUGUCAGUGAGGCCCGUGCUGCUCGGCCUGUACGAGAAAUACUUCCUCCCGCUGCAGAAGCUGCUCCUGCCCAGUCUGCAGGCCUUUGUCGUGGGCCUGCUGCCCGGCCUCGAGGAGGGCUCCGAGAUCUAUGACAGGAAACCAAGGAAUCGGAGCAGUGGCUUUCCAUUUCCCAGCGGAGAAUCCACCUUCACAGUUACGUCCUCAGGAGGCAGAAUCUGUCUUGCUGCCAUUUUGAGCCUCGAGCCAUGCCCUGUGGCUGGUGCAGGAACAGACGCUUUGCUCCUAAGACUGUCGCUGGUGGUUGGCAAAGAGGUGUUUUACGCCGCGCUCUGGGGCAGCGUCCUGGUGAGCCCAUCCAUCCGCCUUCCCGCCUCGCUCUUCGUGGUGGGCCACAUCAACAGGAGCCACCCUGGCAAGGAGCAGAAGUACAUGCUGGGGACCGAUUACCAGCUCACGGUAAAAUCUUUAUGUGCUUCACUGUUGGAUUCAAAUGUUCUCGUGCAAAGAAAUAAUCUGGAAAUUGUUCUGUUUUUCUUCCCAUUUUAUACCUGUCUGGAUCCCGAUGAGAGAGCCAUCCCCCUCCUCAGAUCUGACAUCGUGCAUAUUCUCUCGGCCGCCACCCAGACCCUACUGAGAAGGGACAUGUCUCUGAACAGAAGACUCUAUGCAUGGUUACUAGGCUCAGAUAUUAAAGGAAAUACCAUUGUGCCGGAAUCUGAAAUCUCAAAUUCUUAUGAAGACCAAUCUUCUUAUUUUUUUGAAAAAUACUCCAAGGAUCUUUUAGUUGAGGGCCUGGCUGAGAUAUUGCAUCAGAAAUUCUUAGAUGCUGAUGUUGAGGAAUGCCAUCAUGCCUACCUGAAGCCUUUCCGCAUCCUUGUCAGUUUGCUUGACAAGCCAGAAAUAGGGCCUCAAGUGGUUGGGAAUUUGUUUCUCGAAGUCAUCAGGGCCUUUUACUCUUACUGUAGAGAUGCCCUUGGCUCUGAUCUUCAACUUAGCUACACUCAGAGUGGAAAUUCGCUGAUAAGUACAAUUAAAGAAAACAGAAAUGCCUCUGAGAUUGUUAAAACGGUGAAUCUGCUGAUCACUUCCCUAAGCACAGACUUUCUCUGGGAUUAUAUGAUGAGGUGCUUUGAGGAAUGCUUUAGACCAGUGAAGCAGACCACUGUUGUAAAAAGCGUCAGCCCUCCCCCAACAGUCUCUGAGCUCUGCACCCUCCUUGUGUUCCUUCUGGAUGUUAUUCCUUUGGAACUUUACUCCGAGGUGCAAACCCAGUAUCUCCCACAGGUGCUCAGCUGCCUGGUGCAGCCUCUUGCUGAGGAAAUGGAGGCCUUAAGUUUACCUGAACUCACUCAGGCCUUGAAGACGUGUUUCAAGGUGCUCAGCAAAGUCCAAAUGCCACCUUCCUACCUAGACACAGAGUCCACAAGUGGAACCCCGAGUCCAGUAAAAGGUGAAAAUGGCAAAAUAAUUUUGGAAACAAAGGUAGUGAUUCCGGGUGAUGAAGACACUUCCUUCCUGCCCCUGAAAUCCGAGGACAGUGGGAUUGGGCUCAGUGCCUCCUCGCCAGAGCUCUCUGAACACUUGAGGGUUCCUCGAGUCUCUCCUGAAAGAGACGAUGUUUGGAAGAAGGGUGGGAUCAUGCAGAGGACAUUUCUUUGCAUCCAAGAGCUAAUUGCCAACUUUGCCAGCAAGAACAUUUUUGGAGUACAGUUCACGGCAUCUGGAGAGGAAAGCAAGUCCGAAGAGCCUGCGGGGAAGAGGAACAAGGGUGGGACACAGAGCCUGGCGGUCGACAACUCCAGCACGAAGAACUCGUGGGAGGCCAAGCCCAUCACUGUGCCCCAGUUUAAGCAGAUGCUUUCAGACCUGUUCACAGCGCGAGGGUCUCCAUUUAAGACGAAAAGUUCAGAGUUACCAUCCUCUCUGCCCAAUAGCCCUGGCAGAAAAAAGGGGGAAGAAUGGGACGUUGACCAGGUGGUCAUUGACUUGGGGGGCUCCGGGAAGGACUGCAGGGAGGCCUUUGCUGCCGCCUGCCACCUGCUACUGGACUGCGCCACCUUCCCCGUCUACCUGUCCGAGGAGGAGACUGAGCAGCUGUGUGAAACGCUCUUCCAGCUUCCGGGAGCCAACGAUUCCAGUUUCCCGUCUUGGCUGAAAUCCCUUAUGACCAUUUGCUGCUGUGCGACUGACUGCUACCUCCAGAAUGUGGCCAUUUCCACUCUGCUGGAAGUGAUAAACCAUUCCCAAUCCCUCGCGCUUGUCAUCGAAGACAAGAUGAAACGCUAUAAAAGCUCUGGACACAACCCGUUUUUUGGCAAGCUGCAGAUGGUGACUGUUCCUCCCAUUGCCCCAGGGAUAUUGAAAGUCGUUGCAGAGAAAACAAACUUCUAUCAGAGGGUGGCUCGUGUGCUUUGGAACCAGCUGAACAAGGAGACCCGGGAACAUCACGUCACCUGUGUAGAACUGUUCUACCGGCUGCACUGCCUGGCCCCAACAGCCAACAUCUGCGAGGACAUCAUCUGCCACACCCUCCUGGACCCUGACAAGGGAACCAGGUUGGAAGCUCUGUUUAGAUUUUCCGUGAUCUGGCACCUGACGAGAGAGAUCCAAGGCAGUCGAGUGACAUCUCACAAUCGCUCCUUUGAUCGGUCCCUGUUCGUCGUGCUGGACAGCCUGGCCUGCGCAGACGGGGCCAUCAGCGCGGCGGCCCAGGGCUGGCUGGUGCGCGCUCUCUCCCUUGGGGACGUGGCACGCAUGCUUGAACCCGUGCUCCUGCUCCUUCUCCAGCCCAAAACCCAGAGAACCUCCAUCCAUUGCCUCAAGCAGGAGAACUCGGCCGAGGACUUGCAUCGUUGGUUUAACAGGAAGAAAACUUCUUUCAAGGAGACGUCUGGGGCGUCUGAGCCUCAAGAAGGCGGCUCCGAGGAGCACCUGCCCCUGAGCCAGUUCACCACGGUAGACCGUGAAGCCAUGUGGGCCGAGGUGGAGAAGGAGCCCGAGAAGUGCCCACGGAGAGGCGAGCUGAGUGACGAGGACCUGCCCUACUAUGUGGACCUUCCGGACAGGACGGCCCACAGCGGCCCAGACAGCAGUGAGCACACCGAGUCUGCGGACACGAGCUCUGGCCACACAGACAGCGAGAACACGUCCUCCUUUUCGUCCCCUUCCCACGACCCGCAGGAGCUGAGCAAUGAAGAGAACUGCUGUGCACCCAUCCCCCUGGGGGGCCGGGCAUACCCCAAGCGCUCGGCCUUGCUGGCGGCCUUCCAGUCGGAAAGCUUCAAGUCCAAUGCCAAGUUAAGCCUGGCACGGGCGGACUCGGACAAGACCCAGGCUUCAGAGUCGUUCUCCAGCGACGAGGAGGCCGACUUGGAGCUCCAGGCCCUCACCACGUCCCGGCUGCUGAAGCAGCGGCGGGAAAGGCAGGAGGCCAUCGAGGCCUUGUUCAAGCACAUCCUGCUCUACCUGCAGCCCUACGACUCUCGGCGGGUUCUCUAUGCCUUCUCGGUGUUGGAGGCCGUGCUCAAAACUAACCCUAAGGAGUUCAUCGAGGCCGUGUCCAAGACCAGCAUGGACACCAGCUCCACUGCGCACCUCAAUCUCAUCUCCAACCUCCUUGCUCGCCACCAGGAGGCCCUCAUCGGCCAGAGCUUCUACGGAAAGCUCCAGACCCAGUCCUCCAACAUGUGCCCCCACUCCCUGCUCCUCGAGCUCCUCACCUACCUGUGCCUGAGCUUCCUGCGCUCCUACUACCCUUGCUACCUGAAGGUCUCCCACCGGGACAUACUCGGCAACCGGGACGUGCAGGUCAAAAGUGUUGAGGUUUUGAUUCGGAUAAUGACACAGCUGGUCUCAGUGGCCAAGUCUUCUGAGGGGAAGAACGUGGAGUUCAUCCACAACCUGCUGCAGAGGUGCAAAGUUCAGGAGUUUGUCCUGCUCUCGCUGUCGGCGUCCAUGUACACGAGCCAGAAGCGCUACGGGCUGGCCACCGCCGACCGCGGCAGGGCGCUGCCCGAGGACAGCCUCUUUGAGGAGAGUCUCAUCAAUUUGGGUCAGGACCAGAUCUGGAGCGAGCACCCCCUGCAGAUCGAGCUGCUCAAGCUCCUGCAGGUGCUGAUUGUCUUGGAGCACCACCUGGGUCAGCUCCACGAGGAGGUGGAAAACCAGCCAGACCUGACCCGGGAGUGGCAGAAGGCCCUGAACUUCCAGCAGGCCAUCAGCGCCCUGCAGUACGUGCAGCCCCACCCGCUCACGUCCCAGGGCCUGCUGGUGUCCGCGGUGGUGAGGGGCCUGCAGCCUGCCUACGGCUACGGCAUGCACCCCGCCUGGGUGAGCUUGGUCACGCAUUCCUUGCCCUACUUUGGAAAGUCCCUGGGCUGGACAGUGACACCCUUUGUCGUCCAGAUUUGCAAAAACUUGGACGACCUGGUCAAGCAGUAUGAAAGCGAAUCCGUGAAGCUCUCCGUCAGCACAACCUCCAAGAGGGAAAACAUUUCUCCGGAUUAUCCACUUACUCUUUUGGAAGGUCUAACCACCAUUAGUCAUUUUUGUCUUUUGGAACAACCCAACCAAAACAAAAAGACCACUGCCGUAGGUGAUCCUACCAACUUGAGAAAUGCCAGGAAUGCCAUUUUGGAAGAGCUGCCUCGAAUUGUUAACACCAUGGCCCUGCUCUGGAAUGUUCUCAGGAAAGAGGAGACUCAAAAGAGACCCGUCGAUCUCCUGGGCGCCACCAAGGGAUCCUCUUCUGUUUACUUCAAAACCACGAAAACCAUAAGACAAAAAAUUUUAGACUUCUUAAACCCCUUGACAGCCCAUCUUGGAGUUCAGUUAACAGCGGCUGUCGCGGCAGUAUGGAGCAAAAAGAAGGCUCAGCGUCACAGCAAGACGAAGAUCGUCCCGGUGGCGAGCGCGUCCCAGCUGACCCUUGUCGACGUGAUCUGUGCGCUCAGCACUCUGCAGACCGACUCGCUGCUGCACCUGGUGAAAGAGGUGGUGAAGAGGCCACUGCAAAUCAAAGGGGACGAGGGGCCUACAGUGACAAGGAGAAGAAUGGUUAUUAGCAGCCCGGCCAGAGGUAGUAGCCAUGAAGUCCGUUGUCCUAAGUCAAAAUCCCAGAAAUCGCCCCUAGUGGAUAUUCCUGUGUUGCAGUUUUGCUAUACUUUCAUCCAAAGGCUCCCAAUACCAGCCUUGCAAGAGAACUUUCCUUCCUUAUUGGGAGUAUUGAAGGAAUCUGUACAGUUGAAUCUGGCUCCACCUGGAUAUUUUCUGCUUCUCAGCAUGCUGAAUGACUUCGUAACAAGAACUCCCAACCUCGAAAGCAAGAAGGAUCAGAAAGAUCUGCAGGAAGUCACUCAGAAAAUCCUAGAAGCUGUGGGGAACAUUGCUGGCUCUUCCUUGGAACAAACCAGCUGGCUGAGCAGAAACCUGGAAGUGAAGGCCCAGCCUCAAGCCUCUCUGGAAGAGUCUGAUGCUGAGGAAGAUCUGUACAAUGCUACUGCAGCUUCAGCAAUGGUGUCUGCUUCUGCCCCUUCGGUGUACAGUGUGCAAGCCCUCUCUCUCCUGGCAGAGGUUCUGGCUUCUCUCCUGGACAUGGUUUAUCGAAGUGACGAGAAAGAGAAAGCAGUGCCUUUAAUCUCCCGCUUGCUUUAUUAUGUUUUUCCUUACUUACGCAAUCACAGCGCUUACAACGCUCCCAGCUUCCGGGCGGGUGCCCAGCUGCUGAGCUCACUGAGCGGCUACGCCUACACCAAGCGAGCCUGGAAGAAGGAAGUCCUCGAACUGUUCAUGGACCCCACUUUCUUUCAGAUGGAUACUUCUUGCGUUCACUGGAAGUCCAUUAUUGACCAUCUUUUGACUCAUGAGAAAACAAUGUUUAAGGAUUUAAUGAACAUGCAGAGCAGUUCUUUAAAACUGUUUUCAAGUUUUGAGCAGAAAGCCAUGCUGUUAAAGCGCCAGGCUUUUGCUGUCUUCAGUGGAGAACUCGAUCAAUACCACCUUUACCUGCCACUGAUACAAGAACGUCUGACAGACAAUCUCAGAGUUGGACAGACACCCACAGUUGCUGCUCAGAUGUUUCUUUUUUUCAGAGUUUUGCUGCUAAGAAUAUCUCCUCAACAUUUGACUUCAUUGUGGCCAAUAAUGGUCUCUGCAUUGAUUCAGACAUUCGUAGAGCUUGAAGAAGAUCUGAAAGAGGAAGAUGAGUCAUUGAGGAACAGCAACAAAAUAAAGAGAAUGAAAGUAUCAGUUCCGGAUGGAAAUGGGCCCUCGCUGGGGGAGAUACCCCAGAGUGAACUCCUCUUGUAUUUAUCAGCUUGCAAGUUCUUGGACACAGCUCUUUCUUUUCCACCUGACAAGAUGCCUUUAUUUCAAAUUUAUAGAUGGGCAUUUGUUCCAGAAGUGGACACAGAAGAUCCUGCCUUCCUGUCAGAUCUCGAGGAGAAUCACCAAGAAUGCAAACCUCACACUGUCAGGAUUCUAGAACUUCUAAAAUUAAAAUAUGGGGAAAUCAGCAGCUCCGAUGAGAUCACCAUGAAGAGUGAAUUCCCUCUUCUGCGCCAGCAUUCUGUUUCCAGCAUUAGGCAGCUGAUGCCAUUCUUCAUGACUCUAAACUGUGCUUUUAAAGCCCAAAGGCAGCUGUCUGCUGAUACCUCAGGAGCUCCAUGGUUAGAGUUUCCUGCCACAGAAAGCUUAAAGGUCUUAAAACAACUGGAAGAAUGUGUCGAAUACGAUUUUUUGGAACAUCCGGAAUGUUAACCCUAUGAGAGAAUUUGUUUAAUUCAUAUAUUGGUACUUGAAUAAAAAUCAGGAUAUAUUCCAAACAAGAAAGGAGCCAGGAUAGUGCUUUUAAACACAUCGAUUUCAAUUUUGAAAGUAGAUUUCAGAUAAUUUUCUGUUCAGCAACAAAACACACCUCCCUAAAUGCCUUGUAAUAUAUUUGGAUCUGAUUCUCUGUUUCUUGCUCAAUUUAUGUAAUGAAAAUAAAGUUAAUGUAUCAUCUAA